AUGGGCUCCGGGCUUUUAGUGCUGUUCGUGCUGAGGAUCCUGUUCGGACGCUGCGCCCAUUUGCUGGAGGGCGCCGGAGCGGGCCCCUCGACGCCUUCCACCAGCACGAGCGCCGAGCCUCCCACGCGGCCGCCGGGGCCCUGGGACCACUGGCGCCUGCCCGCCGCCUUGGCGCCUUUGCACUACUCGCUGCUGCUGUGGCCCCACCUGGCGCCCGGCCUGCCCGAGCCGCGCACGCACUCGGGCCGGGUCAGCAUCACGGUGCGCUGCCGCCAGGACACGGCCACGGUGCUCCUGCACAGCGCCCACCUCACCUACCAGAGCGCCGCCGUCUGGGGCCCGGGCGCCAAUGGCAGCAGCCGCGGCAGUCGCCGCCGCCGCAUCCCCGUGGCCGAGCUGUGGGAAGCGCCGUCGAACCAGUACGUGGUGCUGGAGCUGCGCGAGAAGCUGAGCGCGGGCGCCCUCUAUGAGCUGCAGCUCGCCUUCUGCGGGAGAAUCCACACGGAUCCGCAUUUCGUCGGGCUCUUCCUUAACACGUAUCGGGACGAAGGAGAGAGCAGGUGGCUGAUUGCAUCACAACUACAAGCAGCAGCUGCAAGGACUGUUUACCCAUGCUUUGAUGAACCUGCCAUGAAAGCCACUUUUAACAUCAGUAUUGUUCACCAUCCAAGCUAUGUAGCCCUUUCCAACAUGCCGGCUAUAGAAGUAUCUGAGUAUAAAGAUGUCAAUGAGAGCACAUUGAAUGGAUUGAUGAAUGGGACUACGCCGAUAAACUGGACUGUCACAACAUUUGAAACAACACCAAAAAUGUCCACAUACCUCAGUGCUUUUGUGGUCUGUAACUUUGACCAUGUCACUAGAACUGAGAGGGGCAAAGAGAUACGCAUUUGGGCAAAGAAGAAUGUAAUUCAAAAGGGAUUAGUUGACUAUGCAUUAAAUAUCUCCGGACCAAUCUUUUCAUUUAUGGAAGACUUACUCAACAUCAGUUACACACUUCCAAAAGCUGAUCUGAUUGCACUACCUGACAUGAGAUAUGCUGCUAUGGAAAACUGGGGUCUAAUAACUUUCAAUGAAUUCUACUUAUUCUCUCCCCCACAAGAUAAAUCCACAGAAUGGAAAACAAUGAUCUAUCAACUGGUUUCCCAUGAGAUAGUACACCAGUGGUUUGGAAACCUUGUCACGAUGGUAUGGUGGAACGACAUGUGGCUUAAUGAGGGAUUUGCAAGUUACUUUUCACUUUACCUUGAACCUACAGUGCCCCUGGAACAAGCCUUUGGUUCUGUUGUGUUAGACAUGUUGAGGAUGGAAGAACAAAUGCAACAUCCAACUUUAUCAUAUGCAGAAGAAAAGCACCAACAGCCUACAUUUCCAGACCUUUCUGUAGCAUACAAGAAGGGGACUGCCAUCCUCUGGAUGCUUUCCAGCUUUAUGACAGAAAAACUGUUUAUAAAAGCACUGAAUUCCUACCUGAAUGCAUUUUCCUUUUCAAAUGUUAUCCAGGAUGAUCUCUGGAAUCACAUGCAAAAGGUAAUAGAUGAACAGAAUGACAUCCAGUUGCCGGCAUCAGUAAAAGUUAUAAUGGACACUUGGACCUGCCAAAGUGGCUUCCCACUCCUAACUGUAAAUUUCUCCACUGGGCUCCUCAGUCAGGAAAAAAUGUAUUCUAAAGAAGGAAACAACAAUGCAAAUAACACAUGGAUAAUUCCUAUUUCUUGGAUAAGAAAUGGAACAAUACAACCUUUAGUGUGGCUUGAUAACAGGAGCAAAAUAUUUCCUGAAAUGAAAAUAUCAGAUUCUGAAUAUGAUUGGAUUAUUUUAAAUGUGAACAUGACUGGUUACUAUAAAAUUAAUUAUGACCAAAUGUAUUGGAGGAGACUGGCUGAAGUGCUUGAACAUGACCCAAAGGUAAUUCCUGUUGUCAACAGGUUACAGUUGAUAACAGAUGCCUUUCAACUGAGCGAAUCUAAUGACACUGAGUAUGAUACUCCACUGUAUUUAACUAAAUACCUUGAAAAAGAAGAUGAUGUCUUAGUAUGGCAAGAGGCAUUGAAACGUCUAAAAGUUGACAACUGGGAGCUUAUCGUGAAUGAUUAUGAAUUAUAUUCAGUUUUAAAGAAAUACUUCUUACCACGAAUAUCACCAAUAUACCAUUAUAACGCAUAUCUUCUUCGUCAGAGUUUUGACGUAUUGGCAGCUCACCAUUCUAAUGAAUAUGAAAUAGAAACAAUCUUUCAAACCGCAUGUUGGCUUGGGCUCCGUGACUGUUUAGACCUAGCUUCUGAAAUCUUCACCAAGUGGAUGAACAAUUCCAGUCCUCAGACUCCCUUUUGUCUUAGCAAAUCCAUUUGUUGCUAUGGUAUUCAGCUGGGUAGUGACAAAGAAUGGAACUUUGCAUGGAAAAUGUUCAAGCGGAAUGACACCAAAAUGUUGGAAAAACAUUAUAUAUUCUCUGCCCUGAAAUGUACCCGAGAGCCAUUGUUACUUCAAAGAUUCUUGAGGUAUAUCCUCAAUGAUACUGACAUUCCAACAGAAGAAUUAAACAGAGCAAUUAAAGAUCUGGCAAGAACUGAGGUUCACCAACCGAUAAUACAGAAAUUUGUCGUAGAAAAUUGGUCGCAUUUCUUCAAUAGGACUUCAAUAUCAGCUGACCAAAUGUUCUUUACCGGCAUUUUAGAAGAUAAAGAACUCUGGGUGUGUACUAAAGAUUAUGUGACAGAAGGCUACCAUAAUUCCCCCCGCGCUGUCAUUGAACCAGGAACUCCACGCCAGAGUCGUCCCCAGAAAUGUUUAUUAAAAGGCAGCCCCGACGAAGAACGCUCAGCUUGA